ACGCCCAGCGUGUGUCCACAGCACAGCCGAUGACUUACAGACUUUGAUCCUGAAACUAAAACAUCAUGGAGUCCAACCUGAACAGAAUGAAGCUCUGCCACACGAUCCUGACGCUGCUCGCCGUCCCAGUGUGCUUUGGGCUUCCGUCAGUCUUCCUCAGUCAGUCUGAGGCGAACCGGGCGUUAACGCAUCGUUUCCGACGGGCAAACUCCUUCCUGGAGGAGCUGAAGCUGGGCAGUCUGGAGCGUGAGUGUCUUGAGGAGAUCUGCUCCUAUGAGGAAGCCAGAGAAAUCUUCACCGUCCCCGACCAACUGGAAGACUUCUGGAAGAGAUACACAGCGGUGGAUUAUUGUGAUUCGGGACCGUGUCAGAACGGAGCCACGUGUGUGGAUCAGACAAACGCAUACAUCUGCAUCUGUCCAGUUAAAUUUGAGGGGCGACACUGUGACAAAGAAAUAUUUCCACCCACCUCCUACGGAUGUUUGUACAAAAACGGCGGCUGCGAGCACUUCUGUAUAGAAAUCAGUGAUUCUUCUCACCGCUGUGAUUGUGCACCUGGAUACACGCUACACACAGACAACAGCAGCUGCGUGCCAGCGGAUGGUUUCCCGUGUGGAAGGCUGGUGUACAAGGGUGUGGGUCCGAGGAUAGUGAAGGGUAACGUGUGUCCUAAAGGACAUUGUCCAUGGCAGGCUUUACUAGAGCACAAUUCACAGUAUAAAUGCGGUGCUGUUAUUCUAGAUUCCCAGUGGAUUCUCACCGCAGCUCACUGCGUUUGGGAAAAGGAUCCAAACCACCUGCAGGUAACAGUUGGUGAACACAUCCGUGGCAAAGACGAAGGAACCGAACAGAUGAGGAAAGUGUCUAAGGUGUUCAUCCACCCUCUGUUCAACCACUCCAGCACCGACAAUGACAUCGCUCUGCUGCGUCUGCUCAGCCCCGUCACGCUCGGCCCCUUCGCUAUUCCCGUCUGCCUUCCCCCGGUCAACGGCACGUUCGGACACACCAUAGGAGCCGUUCGCAUGUCCACCGUCAGCGGAUGGGGUCAUCUGGCGCAGUCCGGUCCGCCGUCUCUGGUUCUUCAGAAGCUGGAGGUGCCGAGGGUGUCUUUAGACGAGUGCAAGGCGAAGUCGGGUCUGAAGGUGACCAGGAACAUGCUGUGCGCCGGCUUCAUCGAGGGCGGCCGUGACUCCUGUCAGGGGGACAGCGGAGGGCCGCUGGUCACCUGCUAUAAGAACACAUGGUUUCUCACGGGAAUCGUGAGCUGGGGCAAAGGCUGCGCUCGCGCCGGCUUCUACGGCAUCUACACGCGCGUGUCCGUCUUCGUGGAGUGGAUUGCGAAGACCGUAGCCGCCGCAUGAACACAAGAGUUUCUGAAUGUUGUUAAAGGUGAAAUGUGUUCAGAUUUCAGUCACCGUAAAGGGCCGUUCACACCCGUUUUUGCUCUGAAAAAUGCCAGGUGUGGGCAGACUUGUUUCGAGUUAAACUUACUUUAAUUAGAGUGCUAUUUUAGAAUCACUGUGACACUUUCACAACAUUGAUUAGGUUGAGCGGCCCGACGUGUCGAUCGUAUGAGCUUGGACUUAUGAUUUUCACCCUACAGCAUUGUGUAAGAAACACUGGCACUGGCAAACACCAGAAAAAAAACAAUAAUUUGGUUAUUUUUGCAAAUCAUUUUGGUUUAGAAAAAUAACACAUCUCACCUUUAAGGAUGCAUAAAAACACAUGUGCGUAUAUAUACUAAAGAUGGCAGAACGUGAUGUAAUAUGUAUUAUGUAUCACUGGAAUAAGCACAUAUAUUAGCACAAAUAAACUUUUUGAAAUGUU